AUCUGUCGAGGGCGGGACUUCCGGCGGAGAGAGUGGGAGAGGGAGAGAGAGAGCCCUGGGCCGACACGGAGUGUGCUGGGAACGGUCAUCGAGGCUGAGCCCCAAACAUGCCGCACAACUUCAAACCGGGAGACCUGGUCUUCGCCAAAAUGAAGGGAUACCCUCAUUGGCCGGCACGGAUUGAUGAUGUAAGAGAUGGGGCAGUGAAACCUCCACCCAACAAGUAUCCAAUUUUCUUCUACGGAACCCAUGAAACGGCUUUUCUUGGUCCAAAGGAUCUUUUCUUGUACGAAAAAUAUAAGGAUAAAUAUGGUAAGCCAAACAAGAGGAAAGGAUUUAAUGAGGGACUAUGGGAGAUCCAGAGCAACCCAGAGGCCAGCUACAGCCUGCCAGCUCCGUCUGUCAGCUCAUCUGACAGUGACGUGCCAGACGAAAAGGUGGCAGUGGAAGUUGAGACGGGAAUUGAUGAAGAUGUCCCUGUCGUUCCUGAAAAUACAGUGGAAACAUCCAGUGAGGAGGAAGGAGCGAAGAGGAAAGUACCACUAGCCAAGACCCCCAAAGGAAAAUCUGAAAAACAUUCAUCCAGUGAGCAAGAACCAGACAGUGCUUCAAGCUCUGAAGAAGAAGAAGAAGAAAAUUCUGACAGUGACCAGGAUUUUACUCCAGAGAAGAGUGCAACACGACCCCAGAGGAAGCCAACAGCUACGGGGCGGAAGAGCAAGGUAGUGGCAGAUUCUGGAUCGGACUCAAAAUCAGAUUCUGAAGUUGAGGAGAAGAAACAGAAAUCAUCCUCCUCUUCUUCUGAUUCGGACACUCCAGUAAAGAAGGCUCCAAGAGGCCGUCGUCCAGCAGAGAAAUCGGCACCAAAACCUCGGAACCGUGGACGAAAAACACCUCCCCCAGCCAGCACAAGCAGUGAAAGUGACAGCUCACCAGAUCGAGUUAGUGAAUGGAAAAAGAGGGACGAAGAAAGGCUCAAUGCACUGGAAGAACGUAGGCGAAAGGAGCAAGAGGAUCAGUUGCGCCGAUUACGUGAAGAGGAAAAAGAGGAAGAUGAAAAAAAGAAAAAACAGAAGUUAGAAAAAGAGGACAAAAGUGCUGACAGCGACAGCAGUGAAAGUGGUAAAGAAGAUGCUAAGCAAGAAAAGCAAGAAAAAAGGUCUAUUAUAUCUUCUGAUUCUGAAAAAGAAGACAAAUCCCGCAAAGAAUCAAAGCUUGAUUCGGGAGAGAAUAAGAAAGGAAACAAGAAGAGGGACCAUUCAGUAUCUGAUUCAGACAGUGAUAAGAAGGUAAAGAAAUCUGUAAAAAGGUCACGGAUUUCAGAACCAGCAAGGAAACCAAUUCGGAAGGAAAAACGUGGAGACCGUCCAAGAGGAAGACCUCCUAAGACUGAUAAAGGAAAGAAGAAAUCUGAGAUAAUUAGUGACCGCAAAACAGAGAGAAAAGAACCAACAGUGGAGGAUAAACUUCAGAAGUUGCACAGUGAGAUCAAGUUCGCCUUGAAAGUGGAUAGUCCUGACAUACAGAAAUGCCUGAAUUCUCUGGAUGAACUUGGUAGUCUCCAACUGACCUCUCAUAUCCUUCAAAAGAACACUGACGUGGUGACAACACUGAAGAAGAUACGUAGAUACAAGGCCAAUCAAAGUGUUAUGGACAAGGCUGCUGAAGUAUACAGUCGAAUCAAAGCACGUAUUUUGGGUCCAAAACCUGAAUCUCAGCAGAAAGCGUCUGAGAAGGACAUCAGUCAAGACAAAGAAGAGGAAAAACUGAGCGAGAAGCCUGCAGAUGAUUCAGCUGCACCUGUAAAUGGAGAUUCUGAGACCCAGGCAACAAAUGAAAGUGGUGACAAACAGAGCGAUCAGAACCCAGACAGCAAGACUGCAGACCAGGAAAAAGAACAAAAUCAUGAUGAUCGUACUGCUGAUCUCCCAGAAGAACCCAGUGACCCAGGUCCGAUUCCUAUGGAGACUCCUGCCAGUUGAGGGGCUGUGCCCCACUUCAUUCCCCUCCGUUAGUGCUGCACUAUUGUCAUCAGAAGUCCAAAAUAAGGGGUGCAGCUACUGUGACCUCCAGUGCUCCUAGUGCUUUUCAUUUGAUUAUCUUAUGUUUUUAUUUGUUAUUCCUAGUUGAUUUCUUGUGUCAUGAAAUGAUUAUAAAGGGUUUUAUAGAUAAAAAGAAAA